AUGGGAACCCCAUGGCGUAAAGGUAGAUGUCGCAAGUGCAAAAUCUAUGGGCACUUUGCAAAAGAGUGCAAAACGAAGGCAAAAGAAGAACGACAAGAGGCUACUCAUCAUGCCAAUGUCGAGGCAGAGCCAGCUCUGAUGGUGGCGCAUGUUUGCAACAUCAAGAGGCUGAGCACGCCGGUGUCGCAGCAUGUGUUCCUAAAUCAGGAACGCGUAUUCCCGGCGAAAUACCACGAAGGAGCGUGGGUACUAGACAUGGGCACCACGAACCAUAUGAUGGGGCGCCGAGAAGCCAUGGCGACUCUGGACGAGACGGUCCGGGGCGCAGUGAAGUUUGGUGAUGGGUCGAUAGUGGAGAUUCACGGGAUCGGUGCCGUAACGAUCGCUGGAAAGAACAACGACCACCGAGUUCUCACAGAGGUAUACUUUAUUCCAUCUCUUAAGUGCAAUAUUGUUAGCCUUGGUCAGCUCGAAGAAGGGGGAUGCCGGGUUGAAAUCGAUCACGGUAUUCUGGAAGUGUUUGAGCGGCAGCAGGAUGGACAAGAAAAGCGUGGAGUGUUAAUUAGGGCGGAGAGGAAAAAUCGCUUGUAUAUCAUGAAAGUGAAUCUUACUUCGCCUUCAGCACCGCAGAUACAAUGGGCGACACCACCGACAGGAGCUUCGGUUGAUUCAGAAGGCAUUCCAUUGAGGUAUAGAACGAUACCCGAUUUGCUUGAUUCCACUAAUGAAGUUCGUGGUUUUGAGUACGAGUGGCUUGUGUUUGGUCGCCUCUGA